AUGUUUGGCUUGAGCAACGAUCGAUAUUUCGGCCUCAGGGGAGGAUGGCUUACGCUUUGGGUGACGGUCGCCUGUGGAACUGACAUGACUCUGUUCGGCUACGACCAAGGCGUCUUCGGCGGCGUCGUCGUCACCGACGACUUCCUCGACACCCUCGGCCUGCGCGACAAUUCCUCCCUCCUCGGCACCGUCACGGCGAUCUACGACAUCGGAUGCUUCUUCGGUGCGAUUCUGGCCUACUUCAUCGGCGACAUCCUCGGCCGGAAGAAGAGCAUUCUGCUGGGCACGACGAUUAUGUCCAUUGGCGCGAUUCUGCAGAUUACGGCGUAUGGUGUGCCCCAGAUGAUUGUGGGGAGGAUUGUGGCUGGGGUUGGGAAUGGGAAACUCAUUGUUAUCGAACUUAUCCUCAAUAUCGCCGGUUUCAGUUUAUCAAACUGGGUCACCUUCGGCUUUUCAUUCGUCGGCGGAGCCGUGGCCUGGCGCCUCCCCCUCGCAUUCCAAUUCAUCUUCAUCGUCAUCCUCUACGCCACCGUCCCUUGGCUGCCAGAAUCUCCGCGUUGGCUCGUCCAGAAGGAGAGGGUCGACGAGGCGGAGCAGAUCUUGGCGGAUAUCGAGGGCACUGAAAUCGAGGACCCAUACGUUCAAACUGAGUUGAACGAGAUCAAGUACUCCACCGCCUAUGAGCUGGAACAUGCUGUCCGUAUCCGGGAUCUCGUCCGGGGCAAGCAAGGCUCCGAGGCUGGCACCUGCACCCUCCGCCGCAUUAUAUUGGGAAUGGGCGCCCAGGCAAUGCAGCAACUAUCUGGUAUCAAUGUGACCAGCUACUACCUUCCUACGGUCCUAAUAACGUCCGUUGGCUUCGACAACCGCAUGGCCCGCCUCCUAGCCGCCUGCAACAGCGUCUCCUACCUCCUCUUCUCCCUAAUCGGCAUCCCGAACGUCGAACGCUGGGGCCGCCGCAAAAUGCUCAUGUACGCCGCCGCCGGCCAAUGUUUCUGCUACCUCCUCAUCACCAUCCUCCUGCGCUUCUCCGAACUCCGCCAAGAACAGGGGGACACCAUCGCGCAGAAGCAGCUCGCCUCCGCGAGCGUGGCCUUCUUCUUCCUCUACUACGUCUUCUUCGGCAUCGGCUUCCAGGGCGUGCCGUGGCUGUUUCCCGCGGAGAUCAACGGCCUCAGUAUGCGGAACAAGGGCGCCGCGUUGGGGACGGCCACGAAUUGGAUUUUCAACUUCAUGGUUGUGGAGAUUACCCCGAUUGGAAUCGACACCCUCCACUGGAAGUUCUACGUCAUCUGGACGGUCCUGAACGCCUCCUUCGUGCCCACCGUCUAUCUGUUCUAUCCAGAGACCGCGGGCAGAACGCUGGAAGACAUCGACAGCUAUUUCCGCGAACACAAGAAUAUUUUCGUGUUCAAGGAUAAAGUCGCGACCAGUAGCAAGCGGCCGGCGGAGUUUGUCGAGAGGGAGGUUAUGGAGGUUCGCAGGCAGAGUAGUGUCAACCCCAGGGCGGCGAGUUUGGCGGCGAGUCAUCCUCCAAGGCCCGUCGUCAGUCCAACCGUCGAGCGUCUGGCCUACCAUCCCCAGUAA